UUUUAUUCAUCUCCCGGUGAAAAGUUGUCCUCACAAGGUAUUCACAUCUAUGCACUCCCUGCCUUACAUUUACCUUUUUUGAGUCCUACUUUUGACUUUUUAUCUAUAGAAAUAAAUUCAAUGAGAUGCUGAAUAUCAUGGGUUAAUUGAGUAUUAAUAUUGUAUUAUCCAUCAAGGUCUUGUUGGUUCCUAAGUGUGAGAAUGGAUUUGGUUUAUAAAAUAUUAAAGAUAUAUAUUCAUGGUUCAUUUGAUCACAUCAUAUGAUUUUCAGUAACCUUGAUUGAGUAGGGUGAAUAGUAAUGCAGUACUUUAUAUAAGGCAUUAUCAUUGUAAUGAUUUGAAGAGGAUGAAAUUUUGUUAUCCUUUCAAGUUAAUUAAUUUACUUAGCAUAAGAGCUGAAGAGCAACACCAUCCAAUUGGUUUCAUUCAUUUGUGCAUACUUUGACCUUGGUUUUUCCCCCCUAUUUUUGUGCAAUUUUCUCUUGAGAUGAAGAAGUGUUACUUUGGUUAAUUGCCAAAUUUUAGCUAUAUGUUGUUGUCCCAGUUUAUGUUUGUUGUUUGUGGUUGUUUUUCCAAUUGUUUUUAAAUUUGUUUAUGGAUGUUGUUACAUGUGUUUUACUUGUAACAUUCUUGGAUGUUGUGGUAGGAUUUGGUCUCUGGAAUGUUUCAAUUGCUUUGGUUGGCUUCUUGGAUUUAUGUAAAUAAAAUUUAAAUCAGCAUAUGUGUUUGUAUAUUUCUAUAAAUUUGCUUAUGCAUGUUGUUUGAUUUUUGUUUUGCUCGCAGCUUUCCUCAUUAUAUGCACCUGUAGGAUGUUGUUUGAGGCUAUGGCCAUUAGUUUGAGUAGCUUCUUGACCUUAUGAAAAUUCAAUUAUAGAUCAAUGUAUGUAUUUUGAUAUUCAAUUGAUUUGUAAUCUCUCUUGUAGUGCUGCUUUAAAGUUGCUUCUGCCUUUCUUAGUUGAUUGCUCUAAUAGGAGUAAGUUUCAGAAACAUCUCAAUUCCUUUAGAAGGGGAAUGGGAAAAAGAUUAAGACAACCAAACAUUGGGAAGAAUUCAUGUAAGUAAUGAACCCCAUACCAUGGGAUUCAUUGAGUCCAUCCAAACAAAGAGAUAAAAUCAAUGGUUUUCUUUCCCGAGGUAAUCAUUGAUGGUAUCCAAACACAGCCUCAGUGGAUUGAUAAGAUAGUAUAACAUCAAACCCUAAAUAGUCAAACUGUAAAUCCUCAAUUCCCUAUGCCCAUUACUAAUCUAAUUACACACAUUUGGCUGGGGGCUUAAUUGUCAUUAAAGGACCAAUCUUAUUAUACAUCGUCGACUAAAAAUAGUGUGGGCUUAAAAAAGUCAAUCGCAACCAUUAAAAUUAUUCAGUAAAAAAACACAAUAUUUCAACGGCUGUGAUCUGUUAGAUAGCUUUAAUGCUGUUUGGGACCAAACAGCGGAUCGGAUGUUCGGAUUACACAAGUGAGCCCCAAAACGCUAAACCCUCAUUCUCUUCUAUAUAUUGACCCCUUCCCCAAACCCUCAUCUUCAAGCCCUCAUCAUCGCCGACCUCUCGUUCUUUCUCUCUCUCAUCAGCGAAAUGAAACCUCUAAGAGGCGGUGGGCGUGGUGGUGGUGGUAGAUUUAUGGGGAUGAGUGAUGGAGGGGGUAGGGGAAGAAGGAGAGGAGGUGGUGGUGGGAGAGAAGGGCCGGAAGGUCAUGGCAGCGGGAGAGGACGCGGACGCGGACGCGGACGUGGCGGCGGUGGUAGAGGAUGUGGGAGGGGUCGUGGAGGAUGUGGUGGAGGGAUGAAGUGCAGGUGUCGGGUUGUCAUUGAGCCGCAUAGGCAUGAUGGAGUGUUCAAUGUGAAGGGGAAGGAGGGCGCUCUUUGCACUAAGAAUUUGAUCUCUGGAGAGUCUAUUUAUGGUAAGAAGCGUGUUGUUGUGCAGAAUGAAGAUGGAACUAAGACUGAGUAUAGGGUGUGGAAUCCAUUCAGAUCUAAGUUAGCAGCAGGUGAUUUUUGAGUAUUUGAAAGCCAUCCAAUGCAGAUGUGAUGAUUUGUUGGCUCAGAGAUUGUUUUCUUAGCCUUUUUUAAUCAAAAUUAAUGUGUGAAUGCUCCUAAUCGUCCUCAUCUUUUUUUUUAUAAGAUAAUGGGAUGUUUUGUGCUCUCGAAUGUCUUAUAAGCCUUUUGAUUAAAGUUUUGUGUCGGUGAUUUAAUCUUUAUAUUUUAUGAAGUUUAGUUUCA